AUGGCUAAGUACGAAUCAGACCUCCCAUGGAAGUUAAGAGCCCCUCAACAAUUAGCAGUCCCUCAUAUUCUCAAGGUUGGUGAAGGUGUGAUAGAGCAUUCAAUGACUGUUUCUAAAUGGAUAUCAUUUUUGUCAACAACAAUACUGUUUUGGGUAUCCUAUGUUUCUAAAUGGAUAUCAUUUUUGUCAACAACAAUACUGUUUUGGGUAUCCUAUGUUUUACCCUAUUUACCUUGUUUGGAACUUGCUUCUGUCAACAACAAUACUGUUUUGGGUAUCCUAUGUUUUACCCUAUUUACAUUGUUUGGAACUCGCUUCUCUAGAGCUUUUACAGCUAAUUUUGUGUUUGGGGAUUCAUUGGUAGAGGUUGGAAACAACAACUACAUUCCAUCACUCUCCCGGGCAAACAACGUGCCCAAUCUGGGCAUCGAUUUCGGAUGGCCGACUGGUCGAUUCACCAACAGGCGAACCAUUGUUGACAUAAUAGGUCAGGAGCUGGGCUUCGAGACAUUCACUCCCCCGCACUUGGCGCCUUCCUCGACUGGACCCAUGAUUCUUCGUGGCGUCAACUAUGCUUCUGGUUCAGCUGGAAUCUUCAAUAACACAGGAAAAAUCUUUCUUGCUCGAAUCAAUUUGGUUGCACAAGUCGAUAACUUUGCAAACAACAGACAAGAUAUCAUCGACAUGAUUGGCCUUCCUGCUGCCAUGGAUUUGCUUAGAACUUCCAUAUUCUCCAUAACCAUUGGCUCAAACGACUUCAUUAAUAACUACUUUACACCAGUCCUCUCGGAUUCAGGACACCGGUUGAUUCCUCCAGAGUUGUUUGUUGGCUCCAUGAUUUCGAGUUACAGACUCCAACUCACAAGACUCUACAAUCUAGGAGCCAGAAACAUCGUAGUGGUAAACGUCGGACCAAUCGGAUGCAUUCCAUAUCAGAGAGAUUCAAAUCCUUCAUUAGGAAGCAACUGUGCAAAUUCCCCUAACCUAAUGGCUCAGUUAUUCAACAACCAAUUGAGAGGUCUAAUCACAGAGCUCGGAGCUCAAUUUCAGAAUUCUAAUUUCCUCUAUGCAAAUGCGUAUCACAUCGUUCAAGAUAUAGUUCAAAAUCACGCAUCAUACGGGUUUGAGAAUGCCGACUCGGCGUGCUGCCACAUCGCCGGAAGGCACGGCGGUCUUUUUCCCUGUGGACCGCCGUCGAGAGUGUGCGUAGACAGGUCGAAGUACGUGUUUUGGGAUUCAUUUCAUCCUUCUGAAGCUACGAACUCCAUAAUCGCCAGGCGGCUCAUGGACGGCGACGCCAAUGAUAUUUGGCCCAUCAAUAUUCGAGAACUGGAGCGCUUUAACUAA